AUGAGGGCUCUCUUUGCAUGGUGCGCCCUCCUCUUGGCGUGCGCCGGCGUGAUGCAUUGCGCGGAGGCGGCCAAGGCCAGGCACCUCAAGUGGGAGGUGAGCCACAUGUUCUGGUCGCCGGACUGCGAGGAGAAGGUGCUCAUCGGCAUCAACGGCCAGUUCCCCGGCCCCACCAUCCGGGCCAAGGCCGGCGACACCAUCGUCGUCGAGCUCAAGAACGGGCUGCACACCGAGGGCGUCGUCAUCCACUGGCACGGCGUCAGACAGAUUGGAACGCCAUGGGCGGAUGGCACGGCCGCCAUCUCCCAGUGCGCCAUCAACCCGGAGGAAACCUUCACUUAUCGAUUCGUCGUCGACAAGCCGGGGACAUACUUCUACCAUGGCCACUACGGCAUGCAGAGGGCAGCGGGGCUGUACGGCUCCCUGAUUGUGGAUGUGGCGGAUGGGGAGGAGGAGCCGUUCAAGUAUGACGGCGAGCUGAACCUGCUCCUCAGCGACUGGUACCACGAUAGCAUCUACAACCAGAUGGUUGGCCUCUCCUCCAGCCCCAUGAGAUGGAUCGGCGAGCCCCAGUCGUUGCUGAUCAACGGUAGGGGGCAGUUCAACUGCUCGCUCGCGGCGGCGCACACGCCGGGCACCAAGCAGUGCACCGCCGGCGGCAACAGGCAUUGUGCACCGGUGAUCCUCCCCGUCGAGCCGAACAAAACCUACAGGCUCCGGAUCGCCAGCACCACGUCCCUGGCUUCCCUCAACCUCGCGAUCGGGGUAAGCAAAAAGCUGACGGUGGUGGAGGCCGACGGCAACUACGUGGAGCCGUUCGUGGUGGACGACAUGGACAUCUACUCCGGCGACAGCUACUCUGUCCUGCUCACCACCGACCAGGACCCGUCGUCCAACUACUGGGUCAGCAUCGGCGUGCGCGGCCGGACGCCCAAGACGGCGCCGGCACUGGCCCUGCUCAACUACCGCCCCAACCGCGGGUUCAAGCUGCCGGCCAUCGCGCCGCCGGUCACCCCGUUGUGGAACGACACCGCGCACAGCAAGGCGUUCACGACCCAUAUCAAAGCCCGCGCCGGCACGCCCCCGCCGCCGGCGACGUCGGACCGCCGCAUCGAGCUGCUCAACACGCAGAACAAGCUGGACGGGCACAUCAAGUGGUCCAUCAACAAUGUGUCCAUGGUGCUCCCGGCGACGCCGUACCUGGGCUCCCUGAAGCUGGGGCUCAAGACGGCACUGACCGCCGCGCGGCCGGCGGAUACGUUCGGGCGCGCCUACGACGUGACGCGGCCGCCGCACAACCCCAACACGACGACGGGGGACAACGUGUACGUGCUCCGCUACAACACCACGGUGGACGUGGUGCUCCAGAACGCCAACGCGCUGCAGCACAACGUCAGCGAGGUGCACCCGUGGCACCUGCACGGGCACGACUUCUGGGUGCUGGGUUACGGCGAGGGCGCGUACAGGGGCGACGCCGCCGACGCGGCGAGGCUGAACCUGGUGAACCCGCCGCUGCGGAACACGGCGGUGAUCUUCCCGUACGGGUGGACGGCGCUGCGGUUCGUGGCGGACAACCCGGGGGUGUGGGCGUUCCACUGCCACAUCGAGCCGCACCUCCACAUGGGCAUGGGGGUCAUCUUCGCCGAGGCCAUCGACCGCGUCGGGAAGGUGCCCAAGGAGGCCGUCUCCUGCGGCGCCACGGCCACCGCGCUGAUGAACGGCGACCACCUCUGA